UUAGUCUUCUUCUUCUUCUUCCUUACUCUCAAAAAAAUGUUAAACGCCAAAUUGCCUUAUUUACUUUCUCUAACCUUAUUAUUGUUGUUGCUUGGUGCCAAGGCAGAACAAUGUGGUAGACAAGCAGGUGGAGCAUUAUGCCCUAACAAUUAUUGUUGUAGUCAAUUUGGUUGGUGUGGUGAGACAGAUGAUUAUUGUUUACCAAGUAAAGGUUGUCAAAGCCAAUGUAGAGGUCCACCAACACCUUCACCACCACGACCACCAUCACCGGCGCCACCCGGUGGCGACGUUGCAAACGUCAUUAGUUCCUCUGUAUUUGAUCAAAUGCUUAAGUACCGUAACGAUCCACGGUGUCAUGCCAAUGGAUUCUAUACCUAUAAUGCUUUCAUUACCGCCGCUCGAUCUUUCAACGGCUUUGGCACUACCGGCGACGAUGCCACUCGCAAAAAGGAGGUUGCGGCUUUCUUGGGUCAAACUUCCCAUGAAACUACAGGAGGAUGGGCAAGUGCUCCUGAUGGACCAUACGCUUGGGGAUAUUGCUUUCUACAAGAAAAUAGCCAGUCAGAUUAUUGUAGCCCCUCUGCACAAUGGCCAUGUGCUCCUGGUAAAAAAUAUUAUGGCAGAGGACCAAUCCAAAUCUCCUACAACUUCAACUAUGGACCAGCUGGUAGAGCUAUUGGUGUAGAUCUUCUUAACAAUCCUGAUUUAGUGGCCACAGAUCCAGUAAUUUCAUUCAAAACUGCCAUAUGGUUUUGGAUGACACCACAAGGAAACAAGCCAUCAAGUCAUGAUGUUAUCACCGGAAGAUGGACGCCGUCCGAUGCUGACAGGGCGGCCGGUCGAGUCCCCGGAUAUGGUGUGAUCACAAACAUAAUCAAUGGUGGGCUUGAAUGUGGGCAUGGGCCGGAUGCUCGGGUCGAAGAUCGGAUCGGAUUCUUUAGGAGAUAUUGCCAAUUGUUGGGAGUGAGCCCUGGGGAUAAUUUAGAUUGCAACAACCAAAGGUCGUUUAAUUUAGGUAUCCAAAUUGCUAGCUCGUGAUAAUUGCAAGUAUCACUACAAGAAAUAAGGAGUUUAGCCACGGAAAUAAAAUCGUUAAUGAUCCAUGAUAUAAUGAUUUUACCACCUAUAUAAUCGCAUUAGUGUGGUUGACUUAUUAAUUAAGAAAAGAUUAUUAUGAGUGUUGUGGAUUGGAAUUAGGGUUGUUAUUGAGUUUGUCAUGUAAUUUUAUUUUCAUGUUUAUUGCUUAGCUUGUUAAGGCGUGUAUGAUGUGUGAUUUUCUAUAUGAAAUAAAUGGUUGUAUCUUUUAUGUUUUUC